AUGGAUGCUCGACUUUUGUCGGGCUUCCUUUUUCUCCUCCUUUUCCCUUCUCUCUCUUGCCUGCCAUCCUGUCUCCCAUUGACUGCGACCUGCGCUCUUCUUCAGUUCCCUGCUGCCCCUUCUUUGGGGCUGCUAUUACGCGCUCCAGAUCUCCGAUUGCCCAAGUCGUGUGACUCCCACCAUUCCAAUCUGACAGCAGCAUUGCAACAGAAACAACUCAAUUUCUGUCCGCCAUUGGACAAAAUGGCGGCAACUCCGGGGAUUGUCGAAAAGAUGCACCGCGAAAGUAGCUCCGAAGAAGGGCGGGCGGAGAGAGAGACUCAACAACCAGAGCCUCCUGCGGAAACAGAGUCCAUGGCGGCAUCCACGCUGGGGAGCCCGUCGCAGACCAGUAUCGAGGGCCGCUGGGGUGAGCGAGAAGGCGAACCGGUUUCUCGACAUGGAGCCAUGGAAGACUAUGAGGAAAUGCGCAGGGAACUGACCCGGCUCAGCCUUCAGAGAUCCCGCUCCAUCACCUCCCGACGGUUUCAACCGGCUAGUCGCUUGCGUACAUCCCAUAGUCAGAGGGGAGACAUGAAAGAUGAGGAGUACGUGAUGGAUGCCGAGUCAUCCGUAGAAGGAUCGGACCUCGCUGCGGGAACUUUCGACCUCAGUGAAUUCUUGCUAAGCGGGACUUUGGAACGGAGGACAACGACAGGAGAUUCGGCCAAGAAGGUCGGCGUUGUGUUUAAGAACCUGACAGUCAAAGGGGUGCAGUCCUCUGCAUCUUUCGUUAAGACGCUGCCUGAUGCAAUUAUUGGCACUUUUGGACCAGACCUUUACCGUAUAAUACAGUAUUUCUUCCCGGCGGUCCGCUUUGGGAAACCCCCUCCCACGAGGGAUUUGGUCCGUGAUUUCAGUGGUGUUGUUCGACCUGGAGAGAUGAUGAUGGUCCUAGGCCGGCCCGGAGCGGGAUGUACCUCCUUUUUGAAAGCCAUUGCAAAUGACCGCGCCGACUAUGCGGCUGUUUUGGGCGAAGUCAGCUACGGCGGGAUUCCGGCAGAAGAGCAGAACAAGCACUUUCGAGGAGAAGUCAACUACAACCCUGAAGAUGAUCAGCAUUUUGCAAGCCUCACGGUUUGGCAGACGCUCAAGUUUUCUCUGAUGAAUAAGACCAAGAAGAAUGAUCGCUCGACCAUACCCAUCAUUAUCGAGGCCCUGAUGAAAAUGUUCGGCAUCAGCCAUACCAGGAACACUCUUGUCGGCAAUGAGUAUGUGCGGGGUGUCUCUGGCGGUGAGAGAAAGCGUGUCAGUAUCGCCGAAACGUUGGCUACGAAGUCGACCGUGGUCUGCUGGGACAACUCGACCAGAGGUUUGGAUGCGAGCACCGCUCUGGAUUAUGCCAAGUCCCUGCGGAUUAUGACGGACGUGAGCCGGCGAACGACCUUUGUCACGUUAUACCAGGCUGGAGAGGGAAUAUAUGAGCUUAUGGACAAGGUUCUGGUUAUCGAUGAGGGACGGAUGCUCUACCAAGGACCAGCAAGUGAGGCCAAACAGUACUUUAUAGAUCUUGGCUUCCACUGUCCUCCGCAAUCGACAACCGCUGAUUUCCUUACCUCCCUUUGCGAUCCCAAUGCGCGCCAAUUCCAGCCUGGUCGUGAAGCGUCCACUCCAAAGACCGCUGAAGAGCUCGAAGCGGUAUUCCGGCAGAGUGACGCCUACCAACGUGUCUUGAACGAUAUUGCGGAGUAUGAGAAGUGGUUGAAUGACACGGAAAAGGAAGAUACCCGUCGAUUCCAGCAAUCCGUGGGUCAAUCCAAGAGUAAAACUGUAUCAAAGAAGUCCCCGUACACGGUCUCCUUUCCACGACAGGUCGCAGCAUGUGUCAAGAGACAAUUCUGGCUUCUGUGGGGAGACAAGACUUCUCUGUACACCAAAUUCUUUAUCAUCAUCUCGAACGCUCUGAUUGUGAGCUCCAUGUUCUACGGCCAGUCACUGGAUACCAGUGGCGCGUUCUCAAGGGGUGGUACUCUCUUCUUCUCGGUCCUGUUUCUUGGCUGGCUGCAGUUGACAGAAUUGAUGCCUGCGGUGUCGGGGAGAGUGAUUAUCCAACGACACAAAAACUACGCCUUUUAUCGGCCUUCCGCAGUCUCGAUCGCCCGGGUUGUUGUCGACUUUCCCUUUAUAUUCACCAUGUGCGUGAUUUUCACAAUCAUCGUAUAUUUCCUAUCGGGAUUAGAUGUGGACGUAUCCAAAUUUUUCAUCUAUGCGCUAUUCGUGUAUACGACUACGAUCUGCAUCACAGCAAUGUACCGGAUGUUCGCAGCACUUUCUCCGACGAUAGACGAUGCAGUUCGAUUCGGUGGAAUUGCUCUGAACAUACUGGUCAUCUUUGUGGGAUACGUUAUCCCCAAGUCUACUCUGAUCCGCGAUUCCAUCUGGUUUGGCUGGCUGAUCUACGUCAACCCUAUCUCAUAUUCCUAUGAAGCUGUCCUCGCAAACGAAUUCUCCAACCGUGAUAUGGACUGUUCUCCAUCAAUGCUCGUUCCUCAGGGUCCAGGUGUCGAUCCCGCCUACCAGGGUUGUUCCUUGCCAGGAUCGCAACUUGGUAGUAAAACCGUGUCUGGAGAGGCAUAUCUCCAAACUACGUUCAAUUUUACACGGCACCAUCUAUGGCGGAAUCUCGGUGUGGUCAUCGCCUUUACUGUUCUGUACAUUCUCGUCACCGUCAUUGCGGCAGAGACUCUCUCCUUUGUCAGAGGCGGAGGUGGUGCAUUAGUCUUCAAGAAAUCCCGGCGGACGAAAAAUCUUGCUAAAGAACAAAGCAAGAAGCAUGAUGAUGAAGAGGCAAAGCAGGUAGAGGCCAAUGUUUCUGGAAGCACUUCUUCUGGAAACGAUGCAGCAUUGAACAGUCUCACUACCAGUGACCGAAUAUUCACCUGGUCCAAUGUUGAAUACACGGUUCCCUAUGGCAAUGGGCAGAGAAAACUGCUCAAUGGAGUCAGUGGUUACGCUAAACCUGGAAUCAUGAUUGCUCUGAUGGGCGCAUCGGGAGCAGGAAAGACCACGCUUCUCAACACUUUGGCUCAGCGCCAGAAGACGGGUAUUGUGACUGGAGAUAUGCUCGUCGAUGGGAAACCUCUAGGCCCUGAUUUCCAGAGAGGAACGGGCUUCUGUGAACAGAUGGACCUGCAUGACGGGACUGCCACGAUCCGCGAGGCAUUCGAAUUUUCUGCCUUGCUUCGGCAAGAUAGGAAUAUUCCCCGACAAGAAAAAAUUGACUAUGUCAACCGAAUCAUUAACUUGCUGGAGCUUGAAGAUAUCCAAGACGCCAUCAUCAACUCCCUCGGAGUUGAACAGAAGAAGCGCGUGACGAUCGGAGUUGAGCUAGCUGCCAAGCCUAAUCUGCUGCUGUUCCUUGAUGAACCGACCAGUGGCCUCGACAGCCAGGCGGCCUUCUCAAUUGUACGAUUUCUCCGGAAGCUGGCUCAAGCCGGCCAGGCCAUUGUGUGCACGAUUCAUCAGCCCUCGUCGAUGCUGAUUCAACAGUUUGACAUGAUCUUGGCCCUGAACCCUGGCGGCAACACGUUCUAUUUUGGACCUGUCGGCGAAGAUGGACGUGACGUGAUCAAGUAUUUUGCUGAGCGGGGGGUGGUGUGCCCUCCAUCGAAAAACGUCGCGGAAUUCAUUCUUGAAACCGCAGCUAAGCCCGUUAUCAGAAAGGGGAAGCAGAUUGACUGGAACGAGGAAUGGCGGAAUUCAGAGCAGAACCGGCAGAUCUUGCAAGAGAUCCAACGCAUCGUGGAGGAGCGCAGCAAGAUUCCACCUCCCGAGGUUGGCAAGCAAUAUGAAUUCGCGGCACCUGUCACUACGCAAAUCGCCCUGCUCACCAAGCGACUUUUCCUGCAGUACUGGAGGGACCCCUCCUACUACUACGGAAAGUUGUUUGUGAGUGUGAUAAUUGGCAUCUUCAACGGAUUUACUUUCUGGCAACUUGGUGAGACUAUCUCCAACAUGCAGGACCGGAUGUUCUCGGCCUUCUUGAUUAUCAUGAUUCCUCCGACCGUGAUAAACAGUAUCGUCCCGAAGUUCUACAUGAAUCGUGCGCUGUGGGAGGCUCGCGAAUACCCCAGUCGAAUCUAUGGAUGGGUUGCGUUUUGUACGGCGAAUGUAGUCUGUGAAAUUCCAGCGGCCAUCGUCACGAGUGUCGUCUACUGGCUCUUGUGGUACUAUCCCACUGGUCUGCCAACGGACUCUAGUUCUGCCGGUUACGUUUUCCUGAUGACCAUGCUCUUCUUCUUGUUCCAAGCCAGUUGGGGUCAAUGGAUCUGCGCUUUUGCGCCUUCUUUCACUGUCAUCUCCAAUGUCCUUCCGUUCUUCUUCGUCAUGGUCAACCUUUUCAACGGUAUUGUCCGUCCAUACAAUGCGUUUCCUGUCUUCUGGAAAUAUUGGAUGUACUAUGUCAACCCGAUGACUUGGUGGCUUCGUGGGGUGUUCUCAAGCAUUCUUCCCUCGACAAGAGUUGUCUGUGCUCCUGAGGAGACCACACACUUCAACCCGCCCCCGGGGCAGACUUGCGGCGAGUAUGCUGGCAACUUCGUGGCCAACAUUGCUCGAGCCGGCUAUCUGGCAAACCCCAACGCGACGUCGAACUGCAGCUACUGCGCGUACCGAGACGGCAGGGAGUACAUGCACACGCUGAACGUGCACGACAACGACAAGUGGCGCUGUUUCGGCAUCUUCCUUGCCUUUGUCAUCAUCAACUGGUUUCUCGUGUACUUCUUCAUCUACACGGUGCGCAUCCGCGGCUGGAAGUUUGGCAUGGGAUACAUCUUCGGCUUUGCCGGAAAGGCGAUUGACAAGUUCAAGCGUGCCAUUUCCACCAGCCUGACGAGAAGGAAGAAGAAGGAGUCCGAGAAGGUUAUCUAUGCUGAAACGGCCUAA